CUUUCUUGGGUUAACCACUGGUUAUUUAUUGCGUGUUGUGUUUAUUUGAACUUUCGGUGGGUACAGCCGUGUUGUGAAGAGGACGAGCAAAAUAGAAAGAAUAUUAUUGCAUGUACGUGUGCUUGUACUAGUGCCAGAGACAGGAUGGACCUAUAUUGGACUGUCACAGAGAGAAAAGCAUGUUGAUAUUGAGGUUCUAAAGCGGCGGCCAGAUUAAAUAAAAUGUCUCAAAGCAAGACACUGCUGAAGACACCGGUCUUGAAAGUGGAAGGAACCGGCAUCACUCCACGUAAUGAAGACUUGGAUAUAAUGACAACCACAUCGUCCAGACCGUCUUCAGGGUCCAUCCAUUCAGACGAGUCAAAGAGCGUGUUUUCUGGAGAUGCCUACAACGUCGUACAAAGUGUUAUAUCCAUGAAUAGGGCACUAGAAGGUCAAAUCGACGCCCUUCGUUUAAGACUCGACAUUGAGGACAAACAUCACACAUCUGAGAAAGAGAAGAUACGACAAGAAAAAGAACAAGAGAUUGGGACGAAGGAGCAACAGAUUGAAGAACUGAGAGACUCGAUGACAAAUCGCGAUGAACGAAUAUCUCUUCUGGUUAAAGCUGGGAAUGAAAAAGAUAAUGUCAUUCAGGAGAAAAUAAACGAGUUAAAUGAACUGAAGAAGCUGGUCGGUCAAUCGGAGGACUAUGCCAAUAAUCUGAAAAAACAAGUGAGAAAACUGCGUGAAGAACGGAAACACUUAGAGUCGGACACGCUGUACAAGGAGCAAAAUGCAGAAAUAAAUAAUCUCAAGCAGCAGAUUAAAGUUCUUAAACAUACAAUAGUUGCAAUGGAAGACGAACUAAAACGAGCAAAACACAUUAUUGACCAGCAAAACGUGAAGAUAAUGGAAAUCGAGGGUUUUCAAAAGGGUAUGCAGAAGAAGUUUAAGGAGGAACUAGAUAAAGCAACCAAAGCAAUGAGACAAGAAGUGGAACGAAUGAGGGAAGUUAUGAACCAGAACUACGAAGAGAUGAAAACCAUGCGAGAACAAAAUAAAGAAAUGUCAAAUGAUGUCAAAGACAUUAAACAGCUACUGAUGCAUGGGAAUGCUCUUGUAGAAGUUCCUUCCCAACUAACGCGACAAUAUUCACACAUUCCACACAGGCCUAAUAGCCAGCUGAACAUCCACCAAAUGAUAGUUCCAAACACCGCAAGGACACCCAACAAUCCAAAGACAAUAGUGACUGCGGCUAGACGCAGUGUGGAUCAGAUUUCCAUAAACAUGAACAGUCGAGCAAGACAAGCUAGUCCUGGUCCUAACAGAGCUAGUCCUGGACCUAACAGAGCUACCCUCUCACGGGCUGGAUUCCGAGCUCCUAUCGGCGGGACUGCUAAAUCAGCAGGAGUAAAGGCACAUGGCAACCACCAAACAAACUUUCCUGCAUUGCCAUCUGACACUAAAGAUAAAAAAGAAUGGAUACCAGGUUGGCAAAGUGACUCUCGCGAAAUGGGAAAAGUGAAGUCUUCAACUAAUGUUUUGUGUCCUAAAACCAAUAAAAGAUGAUUGGUUCAGUAUUGUUCAGUGAUAAGAACUGAUGACGUUAUCACAGUGUAAAGUUAUCCGCUGGGAACAAUUCUGUUUUACCAAAUAACAAGUAGAUUACUUGUUUUUCACCACAAAGACAAAACAUUCGUGGUUAUAUUAAUCUAUUUCAAUCCAAUGGUCUGAAACCACCUCGCUGUUACGACGACAACUAGAAAGAUCCAAAUGUGCUUUUGUUAUAUUUUAAAUUAUAAAAUUUAUUUGUUCAUCACAAAGACAACAAAUCGUGGUUAAAUUAUUAUAUCUUAUUGCAAACGUCUGAAACCACUCCGCUGUUACAAAAAUGACAAAUGUGCUUUUAUGUUAUAUUUUAAAAUAUAUACCAUUAUUUUAUAUUAAAAUGUUUCAGUCAUUUAUUCAUGGAUUCGUUGUCAUACAUUGGCAGCUGCAGUGAAAUCUGCUCGACUAAUUCCUUACGAUCGAUAAUACAUGUUCAUGGAUUCAUUCUUAUGAUUGACAAGAAGGCCACAACAGCCGAACGACGUGGUUGAAACGCGUGGUGUCAAUGUUUUAAGUGAUGUAAUAACUAUAUAUGUAUGCUCAGACAAAUCAGUCUUCCUUUACAAUGUCUCUACCGUGCAACAAUGUCUUCGACCAUGGCAAGACAAUGUUAUGCACUACACAACUAGCUUUAAAACUGUGUGGAAUACAACGGUUACGUUACCGCCAGGAGGAUACAAACAGCAAGAAACGACAAGAAUGUAAUUGUUAACCGACUUCCAUUAAACAUAGUGCAACAAUGUUAUGUGUUUCUCUGAACUAUAAGUAUAACCAUUUCAACCAAGUGACAGUAAUGACCACGGUGUUACCGUCUGUAUCAAAUUCGUGUAUUUCACAAUGCAAAGCUUACAGUGCUGUCUUCUGGAUUAAACCAAUCAUGUCACAUGCCACAGUGGAAUGAAUAAGUCUCAAGUGGGUGACCAGUUAUAUCAACCAUUGCAAUCACUGACCACAAACCAAAUACACGUUAAUCAUAUACAGAGAUUAUAUUACUGUACACUGAAGCAAUUAAGAGCAUAUAAGGACAUCGUAGCCAUAUCUAAUCAGUGGCGUAGCUAGGAUUUCAUAUUGUGGAGAAUAAUUGCCCUGAAGUACAAAAAUAAGUAAAUAUAUGUCUUUUAAGUUUGAAAGUGCCCUUUUUACCUAGUUGUAGAAGAUAUUAUUUUUCUUACCCCCACCCCCCAUUACUUCAUGCUAGAAUUUAGGUGCUGAUUGAACCUAGGUAUUAGCUGAGGCUGAAUCUUAACAGUUUGUUAAAACAUGUUUGAAAUUAUAAUUUUAAUUUAAGUUUUUUUGUGGGUUUUUACUUUUUUGGUCAAUAAUUCCAGUUUGGUUUGCUGUAAAGAGAAAAGGAAAAAUGCUUUGAGAAUAAUGAACAAUGUGAUGUAUGUACUUAAGUUCUGUUUUAUGUGCAAUUUGUACAAAUAUUAGUGACUCGGAAUAUAAAUAAAACAGAAAAAUCACCUAUAGUGACAAAUGUCUUCUGCUCACAGAGUAUGAUAUAAUAAAAAAAAAAAAAAAAAAAAAAAAAA